CACCUUCAUUAAAAUAUCAAAGGACCUCAAUACUGGUGGUAUGAUGGAGAGUUCUUCUGAAAGUGUCUUUAAAAAUUCACAUGAAGAAGGGAAACUUUAUGCUGUUGAUUCACUGAACAACUUAAAUGAACAUGUUUGCGCAGCUCGAACUCAGCCCCCAAUGGUCUGCGAAGACAACAUUGAUAGUAAUGGCUGUCCAAUAAUGCAAAGUGGCAUAAGAUGUCAAAGCUGGUACUUUGUCACACUGAUCAUCAUUUUAAUUGUCAGCCUGGCACUUGUUUCUUUUGUAAUAAUCUUAAUAGUUCACACUGGAGACAAGAUGGAUGAAAUUUCAAGAAAAAUAGUACUGGAAAGGAAGAGCAUUGAGGAUCUCAAGAAAUUAAAUGACGUGAUAUUACAAUACUUCAACCAGACAGAAACGAUGAAGAUUACAGGAAAUUUCAGCACAGUGCAAGCAAGACAAUUGAGGCCUGACUUUUCAGGCUAUUGACUAAAGAAAGCUAACCUGAAAGUACAGGCAAGAAGUCACUCUGCUAGGAAAUCCAUACUCAAGUUGCUCAUCAAAUGUUGGAUGUAUUCUAGUUAACAGAGAUUUCUAUUAAUCAUUCUGUAGUAUUCAGGCAAAUCUUGGCAAAAGCAGCCUGUUGCAAGUUGUUAUCAUGAUGGAUUUUUCUGUAGCAUUGCAAUUUCUAGGUCCAUGGUCAUUCAUGUCCAUGUGAUUAUUACCACUUGGAUGGAUGAGCUUAUGACAAGCACUACAGCCGUGGCUGCAUCUGGACUACUGAGAAAUGUUUGUAUUUUGUUCAUACUUUUUAAACUAGUAUAUACAUUAAACAAACUUGCAUCAUGAGAUAGCAUAUGUAAAGAAAGGAGAAUCCAUUGUCACUUAAUUUGGAAACACACGCUUUGGAAUCAUGCCACUCAGUAAUAAAAAAGAUUGGCUACUUUACUUAGAUUCCAGUUGUGGCAUGCCUGCAGUUUGUGCUCCAGCCAAAAGAGAAGAAAAAGCAGCAGUUUUUCAACUGGCAGUUUACAUGAACUGCCUGACUUCCAGAGUUUGAGAUUACCACAAAAGAUUCAUGUAAAGAAAUGAACUGUAAACAACUACAGAAUCAGCUCAAGAAUUUAUAUUUUAUAAAGGAUUUAGAGAAAGCCUGUAACUCUUCACUAGCGUCUCAGCUACUUGGUCAUGCAUUUCACAUUAUGCUCAUUUGAAGUCUCUGACAGCAAUGAGCUCCUUCUCGAAAGAGCAGUCUCACUUCUAGUUCUGAAGAAAAUCCAGUCUUGCAAACUGAUGGACCAUAAUUGUGGUUUCUUUGGUUUUCCGUGGGUGUGAUUUCCUUAUCAACCUGCUGUUCUUUAUACAUUGCAGGA